AUGACACCAGAGGAGAAAAAAGAGCUGCUUUCGAAUAAGACCAAUGAAGCACCCAGUGAUAGUGAAAGGAAAUCAGAACUGCGUAGUCGCAGUUCUCUUUUAAUCUCACAAGCAGUAAAUAGAAGUAUAUUUAAUAUAAAGGCUUCACCUGCUACUGAGCGAACCUGCUCUACACUGAGUGAAGAGGAUGAACCGAAGGUCCCUCCACUUUUCACCGAAUUAGAUGAACUUAUUCCAAUUAAUGAGAAAGAAUUUUAUUGGAAGGAAACAACAAGGUGGAUAAAGUUUGAGGAAAAAAUAGAAGAAGGGGGUGAAAGAUGGAGCAAACCUCAUGUUGGCACACUGUCCUUACACAGUUUAUUUGAGUUACGUACCUGCAUAGAAAAAGGAACACUUCUGUUUGAUUUAGAAGCCAAAAAUUUUAAGGAGAUAUUAGAGAUAAUAGUCAACAAAGAAAUCAUAAAUGGCAAUCUUAGAAGUGAGCUCAAGGAAAAAGUCACAUAUAUCCUUCUUAGGAGUCAUAGGCACCACACAAAAAAGUCCAGAAUACAGGCCACGGUCGAUUUAGGGAGGACAAUUUCCUGCACAAGUAAGUUAUUUUCACUUUCCUUUUCAGGUAAAUCUGCUCCCGUGAAUUAUAACACAACUACAGGUUUUUCUAAUGAAAUCUCAGAGAAACCUCUCCAGGAACAGCUGAAAAAUAAAUUCAAGAAGCAGAUCCCAGAGGGUGCUGAAGCCAUUAAUGUGCUUGUCGGUGAAGUAAAUUUUCUGGAUAAGCCAUUUGUUGCCUUUGUCCGACUAAAACAGGCAGUGAUCCUUGGGGCUCUUACAGAAGUACCAUUGCCAACCAGAUUUCUCUUCAUUCUUCUUGGGCCAAUAGCAAAGGCGAUGAUUUAUCAUCAUAUUGGGAGAGCUGUUGGAAUUUUGCUUACAGAUGAGUUAUUCCAUAUUGUGGCAUUCAAAGCAAAAGUAAGAGAAGACCUUCUAGUUGGAUUUGAUGAUUUCCUUGAUGAGGUAACUGUGCUUCCUCCCGGGAGGUGGGAUCCCACUUUACGAAUAGUACCACCAAAGGUUCUUCCAUCAGUGCACAAGAGGUAAGUGCUGAAUAAAUUGGGAGGUCGUAUUCAUGAAGAAAGAUAUGGGAGUACUCUGCAUGUUGCUGAAGAUUUGAAAAAAACAGGAAAGUUUUUUGGGGGAUUCGUUAAUGACAUCAAAAGAAAAGCACCAUGGUUUGCCAGUGACUUUUAUGAUGGUAUGAACCUUCAGUGUCUUUCAGCUAUCCUGUUCAUCUAUUUGGCCAGUGUAACAAACGUAAUUACAUUUGGAGGAAUAUUGGGUGAUGCAACUGAUAAUAUGCAGGGAGUCAUGGAGAGCUUUCUGGGGACAGCAAUUGCUGGAGCAGUAUUUUGUCUCUUUGCGGGUCAACCAUUAACUAUUCUUGGCAGCACUGGCCCUGUGUUGGUCUUUGAGCGCCUUCUAUUCAACUUUAGCAGCGAUUAUAAGCUUGACUAUUUGGAGUUUCGUCUUUGGAUUGGACUAUGGACAGCAUUCUUUUGUCUCCUUCUGGUUGCCACAGAGGCCAGCUACCUAAUCCAGUACUUCACACGUUUCACUGAGGAAGGCUUCUGCACACUAAUCAGCUUCAUUUUUAUCCAUGAUGCUUUUAAGAAAAUGCUUAUUUUGGCCAAGAAUUAUCCGAUCAAUUCUGAUUAUAAUAUUGACCAUGUUACACUCUAUCACUGCUCUUGUCUACCCUCUGAAACAGGUAACGUUUCAAGUCUAUUUAACAAAACAACUGAGGCACACUUUGAACUUGGCACUGCCUCCUACAACACAACUUUCUACCUAGAAUCUGGCAACUGGUCUUCACUGACAAAGAAGGAUUGUUUGAAGUUUGGAGGACAGCUAGUGGGUGAAACCUGUGAUUAUAUUCCGGAUAUUGCAUUAAUUUCUUUUAUACUUUUCUUUGGUACAUUUGUUUGUUCCAUGUCACUGAAGAACUUUAAAACAAGCCGAUAUUUCCCAACUGCUGUCAGGAAAUUAAUCAGUGAUUUUUCCAUAAUUUUAUCAAUACUGAUCUUCUGUGGAGUUGAUAUCCUAGUUGGUGUGGACACCCCCAAACUCAUUGUGCCAAGUGAGCUCAAGCCAACAAAUCCAAACAGAGCGUGGUUUGUGUAUCCAUUUGGAGCAAAUGAAUGGUGGGUGUGCCUUGUUGCGAUUGUGCCUGCUUUACUCGUCACAAUACUUGUGUUUAUGGAUCAGCAGAUUACUGCAGUCAUCCUGAACCGCAAAGAACACAAACUCAAGAAAGGUGCUGGCUUUCACCUAGACCUGUUCUGGAUAGCUCUCCUUUUGAUCCCUACUUCAUUCAUGGCUCUGCCCUGGUACGUGUCUGCAACUGUAAUAUCCCUUGCGCACAUAGACAGCUUGAAAAUGGAGACUGAAAAAUCUGCCCCUGGUAUAGAACCCACAUUUAUGGGAGUGAGGGAACAGAGAGUGAGUGGGCUGGUUAUUUUUAUUCUCAUUGGUUUAUCUCUCUUCCUGGCUCCAAUUCUUAAGUAUGUGCCAAUGCCAGUACUGUAUGGAAUCUUUAUGUAUAUGGGUGUAUCUGCUCUCAGCAGUGUUCAGUUCAUGGACAGACUGAAGUUGCUGUUGACCCCUCCUAAUCAUCAGCCUGAUUUAAUAUACUUGCGUCAUGUCCCACUGCGCCGCGUUCACCUCUUCACGUUAAUUCAGAUCUUGUGUUUGGUUGUGUUGUGGGUUCUGAAAUCAACGGAUGCUGCAAUAAUUUUCCCAGUUAUGCUCCUGGCUUUGGUGGGGGUACGGAAGGCAAUGGAAUGCAUCUUCACCAGGCACGACCUUAGCUGGCUUGAUGAUUUAAUGCCUGAGAGAGAGAGAAAAGAAGUGGAAGAAAAGAAGGCAGAGAAGGAUAUUUCGAGCAUUGAGAGUGAAGAUUGCCAUCUCAUGGCACUACAGCAGCUGCAGCAUCAAAUAUUUCCGGGCCAGAUGAUACCGCCAAGAUGGAAGAUGACCAUAUUGGCAGGCUGUCUGAAUACCAGUAUCUACAAAAAGCACCUGACAUAAAUAUCUCCUUGAAUUGAAAGAAUAAACGGAUAAUACACUGCUCAGUAAUAUUCUCAGUGAAAGAGACUUGAAAUUUUGAUGGCUAACAUUGGAUGCAGAUGCUGCAAGAAGUAAAAAGAAAUUAUUCUGAUUGCAAAAUGGAAACUAACUCUGUUACAUUGUGGAAAAAAUGGUUACUUGUUCAAGGUUCCUUUCCAAUUUAGAAAUAACAAGUUCAUCUACAUCUUUAAUCACUUUGUCAUUGUUUUAAAUCUAUGGUAUUUUCAACUGGGAUACCUACCCUUGUGUUAAAACACUGAAGUUUUUUUCAUUGCUUAGUGAAAAUUUACAUCAGUGAAGGAGUUUCAUUUGCAUCCUUGUUUACAGUCAUUUCAGUUAUAAAGGAAUCUUUGAAGUUGCAUUGAGAGUAGGAUUAAGUGAAAAAUGUUUAUGUGGGGAAAAAAGUUUACACAUGAUCUUUCAUUGUCAAAAAAUUGGGAAGAAAUUGUUUAUUUUAAGAAAAAUGUUCAUGCCGUAUCUCAAAUUUUAUUUUAUCAUCUAUUUUUAAAUUUAUUAGGGCUGGCAACUUUUUUCAAGUAUAACAGAUCAAAAUACAUUUUAAUGAUAACUAGCAGGAGGACAUCAUGUAUACCUUUUCUCUUAUUUUGCUGAUGGUAAUCUUGAUGUCAUGUAACAUUGAAAUGAUAUUUCAUUCUAAUAAUCAUGAUUAAAAUACAAUUAAUCAUAGAGUAAUACAGCAUGGAAACAGGCCCUUCGGCCCAACUGGUCCAUGCUGACCACACCAUCCUCCCUGAUAGUCCCAGUUGCCCAUGUUCGGCCCAUAACCCUCCAAGCCCCUCCCCUCCGUGUACCUAUCCAAAUCCCUCUUGAAUGUUGCAAUUGUACCCACCUCGACUAUCUCCUCUGGCAGCUUAUUUCAGGUACUUACUACCCUCUGUGUAAAGAAGUUACCUCUCAGGUCUCUUUUAAAUUUCUCCCCACUUAUCAUGUAUCUGUGUGGCUAAGAAUUUUUGGGGGCAAGUCUGCCUUAGUGCCAAACUGGAGUUCCCACUUUCAAUCGCAGAAAUAAAGGUAAAUUUCUUUUCAUUAAUUCAUUUCCUGGUAUCUGAAUGUCACUGGCAAGGAUAGUGUUUAUUGCCCAUUCCACAUUUUACUUGGUGAUGGUGAGCUACUGGUGUCUUUCUGGUGAAGGUACUUUCACACAUGAUCAAUAAUUCAAAUCAUUAGUAUUUAUUAUUCCACUGGGGGUUCUGAAGAUGAGAAAUGCUUGUGUUUCACAUAAUCUAAAUCAUCAUAAAUUUGUUGCUGUGAGAACUAUUUUAAUUUAAAAAAAAUUGAAAGGAGAAUCUAUUGGACAGUAUACUUUGUGCUGUUUCACUUUGGGCCUGAACUAGAAACUGAAUUGAAGGAAUUAACAUUGUCUUAGCACACUUCCUGCAGGAGCAAGUUCAUAACAUGAAACCUCUGAUCUAGAACUGAUUAAUACUGAAUUGACUUCCAAGUCAAUAGCUCCACAAUAAACAAAAUGUGUGGCCUGAGCAUCCAUUGUCUUGCUCUGAUAGGUACACCUUGACAAAAAAGUAUACUGUCAGUUUUCAUCUAAAGGAUCAGAGAAAAGAGAAAAAUGAAUGACAUGUUAACUAGUUUUUUUUGUGAAUAUAUGUACAAUCUGAAUCAAUUUAUGGCAGAAACAGUUCAGUGCAGCGAAGUUUCAAAUUUUUCAUUUAAAAAAGGGAAAGAAAGCAUGUCUGAAAUUUUAAAAAAUAAUGUAGAGAAAUGAUACACAGACCAGCAAAUGAAAAUAAAGUACAACUAAAUGAGUUCAAAAAGGGUGAUUUCUCAUUAAUACUGAAAAUAUCAACUUACAUUUAUACUGCACCUUUCAUGUUAUAAAAUACCCUAAAGCAAUUCAGAGGAAUAUUGUCAAACAAUUUGAUAUUUAGCAUAUUGGAAAGUAUUAGGAUAAGUUUUGAAUCAAAGGAUAUGUUAUAAGGAGCAGCUUAAAUGAAGAAAAAGAUAGAGAAUCUGAGAGGAUUAAUGUAGAAUUAGUGUAAAAGAAUGCUUGAUAGUAGGUAUGGGCACCAUGGGCUGAAAUACCUGUUUCCAUUGCUGUAUCUCUCUAUGACUCUAAGGUGUAGGUUGGGGAAGUUGAGCAGAAAUUUGGGCCCACACACCUGAAGGCAUAGUUGAAUAAUUAAAAUCAGGGUGCCCAAGAGUCCAAAACUGGAAGAGAGUAGAGAUAUUAAAGCAUAAUAGAAUUGCAGGAGGUUGUCGAAUAAAGUAAGCAAGCACAGGGGUUACUUGUGAACUGAAGUUGGUUUGAGUUAGUAAUGGUUAGUAGAAUUUUUGAUGAGAUUAAAUUUGUGGACAUUUAAGCAAUAGAGGUCAGGAGAACAUUGAAAUAGUAGCAAGGGAGGGAGAUGUUCAAUUUCAACAAGACCUUAACUAGCUUGAAUCUAGAAUAUUCUGCAUAAUUUAGGUGACAUUUUAAGAAUGACAUGUAAACCCCAUACAUUUACCAGGAUGUUACAAAGGAAGAGGAACUCGCCUGUGAAGAGACAAUUAAAGACUUUAGACUUUUUUAAAAACUUGAUCUGCUGAUAAAGGUCUUCCAAGUUAUGAAGGGGCAUAAGAAAACAGUUAUUGUUUCCAAUAAUAUGGCAUUGAUUGGGCACAAAUUUAAUUUAAUCAUAAAACAAUUGAAGUUUAGGAAAAGAUGUACAAUGAGUGGUAGGUAGAAUAUGGAAUUCUCAGCCACGUGAUUGCAGCAAUUUACAAAUUAUCUUAAAGGGAAUUAAUUGUGUUUUUUGGAAAGGAAAAGUAUUGAAAUAUACGAAGGAAAGGUGGGAGGGAUAAAAAUAAAUGGACUAAAUGGCAUGAAGAGAAAAAUACCAGUGUGGAUGUUUAAAUUUAUGGCUUCCUUUCUGUGAUUCUAUGUACAAUUCUACAUAUGCACUUUUAACCUAUUGUCUUUGAUCAGCAAACUUUCAAGAACCAGAAUAUGCUCUCAGGAGAGAAAGUAUACUUUUUUUCUGCUGCGAAAUUUCUUCAUAAUGUCUUAUUUUAGCCAUAUGACUGUCAUGUAUUUUUUUUAAAAAUCUUUUUGUUUGCAGUGUAUCAAUUAAUCACUGUUGUUUACAUCUAUAUUUGUGAAUAGAUUUUCAGUUUGAUUUGCCAAAAUAUUGCAUAUAUAUCAGCAGAAUCAGUAAGUUUCUUAUGAUGCUUUGCUCCUUUGUUAAUGUUAAUUAUUCCGAGCCUUUUAGUUGCAAAAGCAGUUUGGUCAGUGGGUUCUUGUAUAACCGUGUGUAACCAUGUGAAGUACAGUUAAACCUCAAUAAUCCAGCAUCCAAUUGUUCAGAAAUUCUGAUGGUUCAGCAUCGAGCCCAUGUAUUAGUUCAGAGUGUGAGCUGGAGGUCCAUGGUGCAGGCAGGCUGUGCGGCCAGAAUAGGGUCUGGAACGUCUUCUCUUUAUGCUGGCUAGCUUCCCUCUUCACUCUCAGUCUUGAUGUGGGGUGGGGUCUCAACCCAAAACGCCAACAAUUCCUUUCCCCACAGAUGAUGCUCAACUGUUGAGUUUCUCCAGCAGUUUUUUUUUGCAUCAGGAACAUGGGUAGGAUUGCAGCUAGAAGCAGAAUUUUAUAUUUCCUGCUCUAUUUAAACUCACUGGGUUCACUGGAAAAUUUAUUAUACCAAUGUGUAAAUGUAAAGAGUGAAAUAAGUGUGUAUUUGUGUACUAAUAGGAGUAAUUUCUGCUACUUUGGCAUCACCAAGGUCUAAGGGUGCCAGAUUAUCGGAGGUUUACUGUAUAUGGUAUACAUAUUUUUUGUUCUAAUUUGCACUCUGAUUUAAUAAAACGUAA